CAACAACAAAACGUGAAUGACUUUUUCUUCUUCCAACAGACAGAUUAAGUUUUGGUUAUCAUGUUUUCCAUCGAACCGGGCGAACAUGAGCCUAAUAUCUUCCGUAUCUUCACACAAUCAACUACCCAAAGAUGCUGGGACAUGAUAGCACAACUUCCUCAUGUUGAUCUCAGCCGGCAGACAUCAUGAAAGGCAAGGGCAAAAGAUCCGGCAAGGCUGGCAAAGGCAACACCGAGGGGAAGAAAGGGAACAACACUUGGCUGAGGCCGCCUGAGAUCUCGUUCCCGGUGGUGGAGGAAGUCGCCCCUUUAGGUGUCGUACUGCUGAGAAUCAAGAUUUCUGCGGGAAGGCGACAGCUGGAUGACGAAACAUUGGCUGGAACUGACGCCAAUGGGAAUCAACAAGAACCAUUGGAUGUUGACUAUAAUGAUCGGCCGUGGCCUCUUCUAGAAGUCUGGCGGGCACAGAUCAAGGACAGGCAGCUUGCAGAGCAGCAGUCCCGCUGGCACCAGGGAAGCAAAAGCGGUUUUUCGCAACCCCCGCAAGAAGUUAUUCCAAUUACGGCUAGUUCAUCACUAUCGAGAUCGACCCCAUCUUUUUUUUUGAUAGUGUUACUAUUGAAAAACUUCUAGCACUAAUGAAAUGAUAGAUGAGCUGGAUCUGUCGAAAAACGCAAUAUCGGAUCGGGGGACGCAAAGGCUAUUUCAUUGGCUGACCGAAGAGCAAAUUGUCGUGCGUAAGCUAUUGCUGUACCAAAACGAAAUCGGCGACUUCGGGGCCUACUUCCUGGCCUACUACCUGGGUCAGCAGAAGUAUUUCCCAGCGGCAAGAGCAUCCGGCCACUUUGUAGAAGAAGUCCAUUUGUCCCACAAUUGCAUUACACAAAACGGAUGUCGCCGGAUACUUGAAGGUAGCAGCAAUUAUACAAUACAUGAUAGCAUUAGUCAACAUUUUUAGAAGACCACAAAAACCACUACUUUCUUAGUACAAAACUGCAGCUAUAGUCAUUUUUUUUUACUUUUAGACCACAAAGACCACUACUUUCUUAGUACAAAACUGCAGCUAUAGUCAUUUUUACUUUUAGACCACAAAGACCACUACUUUCUUAGUACAAAAGAAACUAUUUGAACUGAGUUUUUUAACUUCAUCGUUUGACUUUAUUGAAGAGUAGAUCUUGGAUCUCUAUAACGAAUUGUUGUAGUCCUCAUCAUCCAAAUCCAUGUGACUGGGACUUCCGUUCUACCUCUCUACCGAACACAAUGCUUCACCUUGAGAAGAUACACUCAAGAAUACGGCUUGACAUGAUCGUGCAGGUCUGGAUGAAGCCCAUCAGUACCCGAUCGUCGCCAGUAAUGGACGAACGUGGCCUCUCUGGAUCCGAAUUAACGAUAAUUUCAUCGAAAGCGCAGCUGAGUUUGUCCAAGAGAUGGAACAACUGUGCGCCAAACGCCGGGGGACGGUCGUCACACGCACGAUAUACGAACAUCAAGAGCAGCAUCCAAGAUAUCACGGCUCAUGGGCGGCCUCGCCGACGCCAUAUGGAACUACAACCGUGCGGAGUGAGAACGUAUAUGGGUGUGCUGAAGGUGCGGUGUUUAAAUUGCUCGCAGAAAAGGAUCGACAUGAUCCAUUUUUUAACAGCUACCCGACGAUGGAGUUCCCGCUCCGCGAGUGUCUCCCCAUAGCGCACUUUCUCUACGCACAGCGCCAGCGGGUCGGUGGGGGCAGCAACACUUUUUCCCUCGGAGGAGCCUCUUCUACUUCAAUUUCAAACCCUUCAUCCAGCAACGUUGUGCUAGUGCCACGAAAUGUGGCCAAUGCUAUUCCCGUGUGCCCUUACACACCCGAGCACCGCAUUCUUUUGCUCGGCGAGGGGGACUUCUCCUUCACAAAGGCUCUGGCGCGGAUGUUUGGGCCAAGGCACGCUCAGAACCUGGUCGCGUCCACGUAUGACCUCGAGGGCCGCCAGAACUUUCGAGACCGGCUGCUCGCUUCGCAACAGGAGGUUGAAGCCAUGGGGGGAGUCGUGUUGUCCGAGAGCAUCGACUGCACCCAAUUGCACGUUGAAGGCCUGCAAUGGGUGGACCCGUAUGGCAACCCGAUUCCCCAGUACUCUUCCGCCGGACCGCACAGACUACUGCAGAACAUCUUGGCGCGCAUUUCUCUUGGUACUCCUCGGGAUCAUGUUGGUGGAGGAACAGCAUUACCUUUGCAGCCUAACUCAACCACAACUAUAUCUUGUUCUUCUUCACCUUCUUUUUUCGACUACAUAAUCGUGAACUUUUUACAUUCCGGGGUGGCACAGAGCACCGCGCCAGCGGGCACCAUCGGCGGUCUGGAGGAGCACCAAGAACUUUUCCGAAAUUUUUUUUGGUCGCUCCGCAGGUGUGCGCACUCCUUCGUGCGACCGGAGCGCACCAGGGUGCACGUGACGCUGGCGGACCGGUUUCCCUACACACACUGGAACGUGCCGAGGAUCGCCGAGGAGUGCGGGUGGCAGCAGGUCGGAGACAAAUUUCUCUGGGCAGCGGAGCUUUACCAGGCCUUCGGGUACGAACACACCCGAACGAAUGAAGCCCAAGGCAUUGUGGGCAGCCAGAGGUCGCGUGUGGCCGGAAUCAGAUACACUGGGGACACCUUGCGCGACACCUCUUUCACCUGGGAGUUCAAACUGGGUGUACCAGAAGCAAGCAUGGUAUUUCUCCCUCCGCGUCCGCCAGCCGGUGCACAAAUGAACGUGGCUGUAAAUAACUACCACCAUGGUCCUCCCAAUGUUGAUCCUGCAACAACCAGCAACAAUUAUUUUCCAUUUCCACCGCAUAACCAUGUGGUCCAUGGCUAUAAUGGUAACAAAUCUUGGGCUUGAACAGUCCCAGCAUGAGCUCUAUCCCUACCCCUUUGCGCCUAGCGGCUCCUUUUUGCUUUUUGAUAUGCUGGUAUAGCAGUAUUUGUAUUUAUAUAAUGCGCAAAUUCAUUUUCAUCGUGAAGUAAAUAAUGUAGAGCAAC